AUGGCGGUAAAACCGAGGAACGACGUCGCGAAUGGUGUGGCGAUGGCGAUGGCGACCAAAAAGGAUACGACCAAGACCGCCAAAGUAGCCACCUUGGCUGAAGGCGCCUCGGACGAGUUCGAGUUCGGCGGUUCCUUUGGCACCCUGAGCUUGAUGAUCGGUUUCCCCUUGAUCAUGUGGUACAUGUGGAUCGGCGCGGAAUAUUACGAGGGUCGACUUCCUCUGCCAGAACCCGGCCAGUCCUGGUCCGAUUUUGGCCUUCACCUCGCCCGUCUCGUCCGUGAGGGAGCCUACCCGACGGCCAAGGCCUGGGUUGCCUACUGGGUCUUCUUCAUCGGCGAGGCUCUCAUGUACUGCUACAUGCCAGGUGUGAUGAAUUACGGUCGUCCGCUGCAUCAUGAAGGCGGCAAGAAACUACCUUACUACUGUUCAGCAUUCACCAGCUUCUACGCAACGCUUGUUAUUGCAGCUACGUUGCACAUAACAAAGGUUUUUCCCUUGUAUACUCUCAUUGACGAAUUCGGCUCCAUUAUGACAGUUGCUAUCCUGUCUGGCUUCUUAAACAGCUUUAUCGUAUACUUCCAAGCAACUCUCCGUGGACGUACGCAUAGAGUUACCGGGUAUCCUAUUUACGACUUUUUUAUGGGUGUUGAGCUGAAUCCUCGCAUUGGUAUUCUUGACUUCAAGAUGUUUUACGAGGUCCGGAUCCCAUGGUUCAUCCUUUUUCUUAUCACCUGCUCUGUAGGUGCUCGGCAGUAUGAAAUAUAUGGCUAUAUAUCAAAAGAAGUGGUCUUCUUAGGCUUUGCGCAUUAUUUGUACACCAACGCUUGCGCCAAGGCUGAGCAGAUGAUUAUCACAAGCUGGGAUAUGUACUUUGAACAGCUUGGUUUCCUACUUACCUUCUGGAACAUGGCCGGCGUGCCCUUCACCUACUGCCACUGCGCCUUGUACUUGGCUUAUCACGACCCUUCUGAGUACUCUUGGAACCCCUAUGCCCUGGCAGCAUUUACUGUUACCUACGUCUUCUUUUACUGGAUGUGGGAUAGCGCCAAUGGCCAAAAGAACGCGUUCCGGCACCAGGAGAAGGGUCAGCUCGUCAAGCGCAAGACGUUCCCCCAGGUGCCUUGGCAGGCUAUCGAGAACCCCAAAGUCAUCGAGACUGAUGCUGGUGACCGUAUCAUGGUGGAUGGUUGGUUCGCAAUUAUCCGCAAGCCGAAUUAUGUGCCCGACAUGUUCUUCUCUUUCGCCUGGGGUAUGAUUACUGGUUUCAAGAGCCCUUUCCCGUGGUUUUACUUCGUCUUCUUCAUGGUCAUGAUCAUCCACCGCACCAACAGAGACAUCAACCGGUGCCGAAGGAAGUAUGGCGAGGCCUGGAAGCGCUACGAGAAGGACGUGCCCUACCUUUUCAUCCCCUACCUCAUAUAA